CGAGUUACAGCACAUAUCACGAUGGCCGCCUCCCCAAGGUCAGCCAUGGACGCUCUCCCCUCCGCCCACGACAGUCACUCAGCUGACGCACCCAGUGCCGACAACAUGGGCCCUAGUGCCGUCAACCCUCCUCCAGGCCAGGAUGACCCUAUGCAAGGCAGCCAAGGCCAAGAUGAGUACAGGCGGGGCUCCAGCGUCGACAACGCCAGCAACGGCAACACCAUGAUCGUCAUCAAGACGGAUGGCGGCCGCGAAAAACAAGUCAAGGCGAACAAGGUCUAUGUCGGCGGUCUCCCCGAACACACCCAGACCGAAGAUCUCCAGAACUGCUUUGGUAAACUUGGAAGUAUCGUCGCUAUUGAGCUCAAGACUGGCUUUGGCUUUGUUGAAUUCGACAGUCGCGAGGCCGCGGAAGAAAGUGUCGCCAAGUACAACGAGGGCUACUUCAUGGGCAACAAAAUUCGAGUUGAGCUUUCUCAUAGCCGUGGUCGUAUCACGAAGCACGUAAGCAGCGACCCCAGUGCCUGCUUCAAAUGUGGUCAACCUGGUCACUGGGCAAGAGAAUGUCCCAACGGGGAUGGAUCUUUCCGCCCUCCCCGACGUGGAACUGAGCCUGGUAUGCCUGAUCGCACGUACUCUCGCGAUUACCCUCCGCCCUCCAGAGACUAUCCUCCUCGGGAUGAGUUUGGCCCUUCCUCACGCUAUCCUCCGCGAGACUCUCGGCAUUAUGAUUACCCUUCCUCUGGACGUGAUUAUCGUCGCCCUCCGUCUCCCCGAGACGUGCGCGACUACCCUGUAGCACCGGCUCCCCCCGCUCGCACUCGGGACUUUGACGAUUACAGGUCUCGUCCCCCUCCGGCGGCGGCAGCUCCACCUGCUCGAUACGAUCGACCAUAUCCCGGGGAUAGAGACGCUAGCUACUCGCGCAGCUUCCCUCCGCCUCCGCCUCGUGAUGCUUAUGAUCGCUAUGACAGGCGUCCUCCUGUUGAUGACAGAUAUGCGUACGCAGCUGCUGCUCCUCGUCCCCGAACUCCUCCUGGUCCGCCGCCUCGGGCUCGUGAUGACUACGAGAGGCCUCCUAGGGAUUAUCCGCCUCCGGCUGAGCAUCGACCCCGUCCUAUGACGCCUCCUCGCUAUCCUGAUUAUCCUCCUCCUAGGGCUGGCGAAGAAGCUGCUCCGCAACGCUACAGGCGUCGCUCCAUGAGCCCUCCUGCUCGCUCUGCUGGGCAUUAUGACUCUGCUGGGUACUCUGGUGCUGCUCCUUACAACAACGGCAAUGGCUACGCUGGCCGGUCGGGCGAUCCCCCUCCCCGAGGCGGCUCUAGAGAUUACCCUCCUCGCGGCCGGGAGCCUGUUGAAGCUAAUGGUCACUACCGAAGAUGAGAAGAGAGAAGCGAUGCUUUUUUGCUUGGCUUGUCUAGCUUCUAGGAAAGGCAAAAAUAAAGAAAUAGGCUACUUUUGCUUGAUGACGUUUUGGCUUGCAACAAACCUGAUCUAUGCGUGCCUAUAUAGUAUCUUGAUUAUCUGUUUUGUCGUAAUGUGAAUAUAACUCGG